AUGGCACAAGUAAGAGCCAGUGCACGGCACAAUAAGCGGGGUUCAACUUUGACCGAAAUGUUCAAAUUGGCAGGAGAUAUGGUGGGAGAUGGAAUGAACAUGAUGAUUGGCACGAAAACUGAUUUUGAAACCAAAAACUGGGAUGAUGAAUCUAGUGAAGGGACAGGAACAACGGGUCAGGGGACCGCCAUUCGAGCAAUGAAACAAGAGUUUCAAAGGAGCCAAGACGAGGACGAUUAUUCCUACAAUACUCAAAGUUCGGAGGAAGAGCGUCAGGAACGCGUGCGCCAGAUUCGACAACGUGAAAUGGAGAACAUGCGUCGCGCCAAGGACGUCGGUGGCAACCGAGAGCUUGAACUGAAACAGAAGUUGAGCCAGUUUGAAGAGGACUUCCUCUCAAACAUCCAAAAACAGGAAGCCGAGCCUGAUUUUACCUUUCAUGGCCCAACCACUCCAACCACUUCACCGCAACAGACAAAAUCCAAAGGGAACGCAUUUGAUUGGACACAACCGGCAACACAGCAACUCAUCCAAGUUUUGUCGGGAAGAAGCACUGCAACAGACGGGGGAACUACUGGUGCAGACGGGUACACAGAAGAGGAAUCUACAGAAAAUACAGGUGAAUCCACGGAAUAUACAGGUGAAUCCACGGAAUAUACAGAAGAAGAAGAAGAAGAAGAGGAGGAGGAGGAGGAGGAAGAAGAUGAAUUUGCUUCUCAAGUAAUCCAUGAGAUGAUGCAACUUUUGCACCACUCGCGCAAGAACAGAAACGAAGCAGAACGUCUGAUAGAGUACAAGCGUAUCUUCGUUCGCGAAAGACACGAGACGAGUCCUGAUCUUGAUGCGUACAUUGUCAAAAACGCAAACUACAAGAAACUCGAAUGUUCCACUCGUAGGUUCAUUCGUCACAUUCAAGAUGGGGAUGUUCCCCGAACAGAGCAAGCACUGAGCAUGGAGAAAGAACUCGUUCAGAAUGUUGCAGCAAUGAGAGAUAUCAGACGGGAAUCUGAUGAAUUAGAUAUGGAAUUUGAAAAUAUGCUGGAUGCUGCAGAGUGA